AUGGUUGCGUGGCUCGUUGUCCAGCGACGAAGACGUUCAUUCACAGUCAAUAAGAUUGCUCCAUAUAUAGCAAGGACGAAUCGGAUGGUUCAUUUCGUUCGUCUUGCCGAUCUUUCCAGCUCUAUUCCCUCUAGAAUUGGUAUUGAAAAGCGAAGUACGGGAUUCGCUGGAUCCCGCUCUCGUCGUUUCCUUGAAAUUUUCGGUUGCUCUGGGCUAUGCCUUGCAACUGUUUCCGGUGGUAAUCACAUUCCGGGCGGAGCUGUUCGAGCUGCACUCCGAGUGCGGGCCCUUUUCCCUCAUUCCUCCCUAGCAGGAUGGAUACUUAUCAUGUGCGCCCCAUUCUACUCCGUGGUGGUUUUGGUCGCGCUGAUCUAUGUAGCUCGCGGCUCGCUCUUUGUCGGUCUUUCCACACCUGCUGUGGAAAAGCAGAGUGUGCUCACAUACCGGAUUGGCUCUGGAACAUUUAAGCUAGGAGUGGUUGUGGUGGUAAUCUGGGCUUUGACUGCGUACGUCUCCGGGAUCCGUCCCGUCGGCGAAAGCAAAGGGGCUGAAGACACUGGAAUUAGCCUACUGACAUACGGGGAAGCUGUCAGGGUUGUUCUCGAAUUGAUUGGACGGUUGCUGGUGACCACAAUUCUCUUCGCGGAUCUAAUUCUUGCAAUGGUGUUGCGAAAUUGUCUAGAUGAAAGAAAACGGAGAGACACUUUCGGGGAGCAGUCUGACGUUGACUUUCAUGCUCUGGAGAAGGCCAUCGGUCAAGAAACCAAAUCUCUCCGUACGAAGGACCAGCUUACCAAGCAUUCUAACAACGACAGUUUGGAGCCGACUGCUUCUGUAGACUGCGAGAGAAUGGAUGACAGCACUGGAAAUUCAGACAAUAGUACUGAGACAGAGCAUGCGCCGACGGAGGUGGCUCUUCAAGAUGAGGAGAUCAAUAGCUAUCUGAAAGAUCGUAAUCGACGAUUAGGUGGUGAUGAGAACGUGUGA